AAACCGAGUUCUUAUUAAGAUUGUCAUCCAAUAUACGCCACCCUGCCCCACAGGCCACAAAAUUUCCCUCUUUUUGAAAAACCAAGUGUCAAACCAAAAUUUUUCUUUCUCAUUCUUUCAUUACUCUCAAAGCAACGGAUCCGGGCCGGAAAUUCGAAUAUGGUAUCGGACUCGGAGCUAGUUGACCGAAUCCGAGAAAUCUUGCGGACGUCGGACCUUAACGUCACCACUCCUGGCACCGUUCGUCGCCAACUCCAAGUCGAAUUUGGCGUUGAUUUGUCUGAUAGGAAGAAGUUUAUCACACAAAAAAUUGAUGACAUUCUUGAGUCCGGUGAUAUUAAUGUCACCCAAGAUGAAAAUGUAAACGAGCAGUUGGAAGAUGAUGAUGUCGGUAAAGAAGAAAAACAUGAAGAAAAUGAAGAGGAAGAGGAAGCGGAAGCGGAAGAGGAAGAGGAAGCGGAAGAGGAGGUGGAAGAGGAAGAGGAAGAGGAAGGCGAGAGUGACAACAAUAGAAGCAAGAAGAAUAAAAAAAGAUUAGAGGAUGAGGAGACAAAGGACAAGGAGACAACAAAGAAAAAGAAAGCAAAUGGUUUUACAAAAUUAUGCAGUCUUUCAACUAAGCUUCAAGAAUUUUUUGGAGUACCUGAGAUGGCUCGAACGGAGGUUGUUAAGAAUAUUUGGGCCUAUAUAAAGGAAAAUGAUUUGCAAGAUCCAAAAAACAGGCGUAAUAUAAAAUGUGAUGAGAAGCUGCGUCCCAUUUUUGGCGUUGAUACUAUCAAUAUGUUUCAGAUGAAUAAAGCUCUCUCUAAGCAUGUAUGGCCUCUAGAGUCAGAGAAAGUCGAUUCUCAGCCAUCAGAAAAGAAGCAAAAAUGUUCGAACGAUGAAGUCGGUUCUGAGCCAUCGGAAAAGAAGCAAAAACGUACAAAGGAUGAAGAUACAGAUAAAUCACAUCAAAAAGCAACUGGGACUGGUUUUAUGGCACCCCUUCAAAUGUCCGAGGCUUUGGUAAAGUUCCUUGGUACCGGUGAAUCUACCAUUAGUAGGUCAGAUGCUGUCAAGAGGAUUUGGGACUAUAUAAAGCAGAAUCAGCUCCAGGAUCCUUCUGAUAAGAGGCAAGUUUUGUGUGAUGAAAAGCUGAAAGAACUAUUUGAAGUGGAUACUUUUAGGGGAUUUGCAGUAUCAAAGCAUCUUACUGCUCAUUUGACAAAGCUAAAGAAAUGAGAUUGAGCACUGAUGUUGGAAGUAGUUCACCUAGCAAGGUUAGUGAGCAAUUUUGUCGAAGUAUUGCGUUGUUGUUUUUUGGUUUCUCUAACCCGCUUGUCGUUCAUGAAUGUAAAUUACUUUUUAUUUUGGUUAAAUAUGAAAAUCUGUAGACGUCUCUGCUCCAAGGACCGAAACUGAGACUUGCUAUGCAUUUUCUUGGAUCAUUAGCAGGAAUGCAGGAUGUAGUUAUUCGACUUGGGUUUGAUACAUUGAAUGCCAUAACGGCUCGUGAAAUUUUUGUGUAAUUUUUCAAAGAAACUCACAUGUGAAGGAUAUUAUGCUUGUUUAACUUAAAAAAAGAAAUUGAAAUUGGGUGAGGGAUGAAUUAAGUGAUA